CCGCGCUUCACUAUUGUUAAGCCUAACAUACCUAUAUAAGACUUACCAGAUCCAUACUGUAAGAUCGGAGAAAACCACGACACAUUCGGUCUACACCGAGAGCGAUCGACACCACGACGAAAAUGUUCGCAUUGUCGCCCCUCAGCCGCGUCGGCUCUUCUAACAACACCAUGACGACUCGAGUCCGCUCAAGAUUCGCGGAACGAGGCGCGAACACCGGAGUAAGUUCAUGGUCGCCGGUGUCGGGAUCUCCCCAGAGCACACAGACGAUCUUCGAAAGAGACAUACCAACUGAGAUUGUAACUCUUCUAACGGGAUUCGAUACCCCCACUGCCCUACCCACUUCGCCCACCCAACUGCCUCCCCCUCCUGAAACACCCUUUGCCACCCUUCCCCAAUCAACGAUCACCACCCCGCAGACGUCACCACCAAGCGGUGCCAUCAUCGCCUCCAUAGCAAUUGGUGGGGUUUUCGGCCUUGUUGUCUUCUUGGGUAUACUCUUCGUGUGCUGCGUCGUGUGCCGGCGUAUACGGCGCAAGGCGCAAAGAGCAGGAGAAGGAGUAGAAACAGAAGCAAAUAGGGCGACCGAAGAGAGCGUCCCCCACCAUGAUGGGGCGGGUAUGAAUGUACUCGUUCAUCAUGCCUCCAGAUCAAGCCAGCAAGCGAACGGACAAGGCGGACACCACUCCGGAGCCGCGAUGGGAACAACGUCGUCGGCGACCUCCGGCUCAUUUUCCGGGGGCCAUGGCGCUGGUGGGGUCUAGCUGCACCGACUUGGGGAAGAAAAAAACAUAAACUGAAGAAAAAAAAAAGAAAUUAUAAAAUAUAAAAACUUACAAAAAAAUUUCCUUUUAUA